AUGGCGACCAAAUAUGCCUUUACGCAAGGCUUGAGAGAGUUGAGAUUUCAUCUGAGCAAUUCGGGUCAAGGAAGCGAUGCCUGCAGAUCCUUUCUCAAGCGAGCAUAUCCUACCAUGAAGCAUCACAAUCCCACCAUUCCUAUCUUAAUACGAGAAGCUACGGGCGUUGAACCCAAGGUGUGGGCAAGAUAUGGACUCGGAAAAGAGAAGUCAGAGUCGCUAUCAGGUCUGACAGACAAGGAGAUUGAAGACAAAGUAACGACCUUGGUCAAGAGCGAAUAA